AGCCUCUUCCUUUUAAAAUCCUCCCUCAAUGGAGCGCGCGAGCGUUCUUUUCAUUUCAUUUUCGCAUUCGAUUUUACGUUGAUUUUUUAAAAAGAAAAGCGUAAUUAAGAAAAAAAAUUGCAAGAAAAAGAGGUUUCGAGAUUUCUUACCAGAAAUUUUGAUGAUAAUGGGGUGGUUUUAGUUGUUGUAAUGGCGGAGAUCUGCUGCGGAAUGGUGAGCGAAGGCGAAGCAUCAGCUCCGUGCGAGCCAAGUUCACGUGCAGCCAGGAAACGUAGAAUGGAGAUUAGACGGAUAAAAUUCGUCACUGACGUGGCUCCAUCAGAGGCUGAGAACGGCCGGAAACGCCAGAAGCUCCAAAUUUACACAGCCUCAUUGUCUCUAGACUGUGAAAACGCUGUUGACAAUUCUGUAUCCGAUGAAGACGGGAAUAAACAAAAGGUAAAAGUUAAAAACGAAAGAUCGAAAACGAAAGGAGCGAUAGUGAAAAGUCACUCGAGCCCUGCCCUUUUGUCGCCUGUAACCGAUUCAGAGUUAUAUCCGAAAUUCGGCGUCGCUUCGGUUUGUGGAAGGCGAAGAGACAUGGAAGACGCCGUCGCUAUUCACCCGUCGUUUCAGCGCCAAGGCCAGUUCUCUGCGGCCACUGGGUUUCACUAUUUUGGCGUCUACGAUGGCCACGGUUGCUCUCACGUGGCGAUGAGAUGCAGAGAGCGGUUACAUGAGCUGGUGAAAGAAGAGUUGCAGGGUGAGGAGGAGGAAUGGAAAGGUGCGAUGGAGCGUAGCUUCACGCGCAUGGAUAAAGAAGUGAUCAAGUGGAACGAGAGCGUGGUUGGAGCUAAUUGCCGUUGCGAGUUACAGUCCCCCGAGUGCGAUGCUGUUGGAUCUACAGCCGUUGUCGCUAUCGUAACGCCUGAUAAGAUUAUUGUUGCUAACUGUGGUGAUUCUAGAGCUGUUCUGUGUCGUAACGGCAAGCCCGUUCCUUUAUCGUCUGAUCACAAGCCGGAUCGUCCGGAUGAGCUGAACCGGAUCCAAGCAGCAGGCGGUCGGGUCAUUUAUUGGGACGGCCCUCGGGUCCUCGGGGUUCUCGCAAUGUCUCGAGCCAUAGGUAAAAGUUUCGGAUUCAUUCUCUUACCCACUGGAGCACGAUUGCAUGAUUGCACCAUUUCCUUAUCGUACGCCGCUCACUUGAAAACAUUGUCUGCGAACACAGGCGAUAACUACUUGAAACCUUACGUGAGCUGUGAGCCGGAGGUUAUGAUCACGGACCGGGCGGCGGAGGAUGAUUGUUUGAUCCUUGCGAGCGACGGUUUAUGGGAUGUUGUGUCGAAUGAUACCGCGUGCGGGGUGGCGCGUAUGUGUUUGAGGGGGAAGGGUAAUCUGCACGCGCCGCCGUCUUCGCCGGCGGAAGGAGUGGAACGGGAGGCGGUUUUAGGAUCCACAAUGGGAGAGAUCUCGGACAAGGCGUGCACUGACGCGUCCAUGCUGCUGACAAAGCUAGCGCUGGCCAGGCAUAGUACAGACAACGUUAGCGUAGUCGUGGUGGAUCUAAGGCGAGCCACGUAGGCAUUCGGAGUUUCAAUCGUUUUCCCCUCUCUCUCUCUCUCUAUUCUGCUUUUCUUUUUGGCCUUUCUAGGGUCUAGUCUAUGGGGCAGUGAAAAGCUUAAGGUCCUUUUCCUAAUUGUAUUUUUAGCCCCUUUUUUGAAGGAGAAGAUUUUGGGAGGAAGGGGGAAAAUAUCGAGUUAUGAAAGAUAGUGGGGGAAAAAUGGGAUAUUAGAAACACAAAAUAUACCAAAAAAAAAAUGAAAAUGAGGCUGGCUUUUGUUGGUUGGUUCUUUUUCAAGAAAUGAAAAUCUUUUACCCGAAAUGAUAAUAGUUUUAUUUAUUCACAUCA